CAGUAUUCUUAACAGGCCUGUCCUUGAUUUCUAGUGCCUGGGGUGCAUAAAGCAAAGGGAGUGGAGCCAGUUAAAUAUCAAGAUUGGGUCCUGACAGACUUUGAAUGGCAAAGACAUUGAGUGGCCAGCAGAAUGGCUCUAUUUUACAUGUAAAAGAGGGAAGUGGCCGGAUCACGGCGGAGGUGAUCGAACACCUGGAGCGUCUAGCGCUUGUGGACUUCGGCAGCCAAGAGGCCGUGGCACGGCUGGAGAAAGCUAUCGCCUUUGCAGACCGGCUCCACGCCGUGGACACGGACGGGGUGGAGCCCAUGGAGUCAGUACUGGAGGACAGGUGUCUGUACUUGAGAUCCGACAAUGUGGUAGAAGGCAACUGUGCUGAAGAACUACUACAAAACUCGCAUCGAGUUGUGGAGGAGUAUUUUGUGGCCCCUCCAGGUAAUAUCCCUUUGCCAAAGCUGGAGGAACAAGAGCCCUUCUCACAUCGCUGAGCAGCUAUUCUGGGAUGGGGUGCCCUAUGAACACGUGGAAGCACGAUAGUGUUUUGUUGUUAUGAACACUAAUGUUCCCACUUCCUUCAGUAACCUGAAAAAAAUUGAUGGUUAAGUUUUUUUUUAGUAACUAACUCUUCAGAAGACAGAAUUGGGAAAUACCUAGCUCAAGCAAGGCAAUGAGUUUCUGACGCUAAUGGAAGCAAAAGGUAUUGUCAGUUUCCAAGGAAAUGGAUCAAGUAUUUACUCACAGUUUGUUCUGUUUAGAAGACAUUAUCCCCCUUUAUCUCAUCCCAAAGACUGCACUUAAGUGAAUUUUUCUAUCUAUGUGACUGGUUGGAUUUGGUCUGAUCAUUGUGUGACAACUUAAGCUGUCCUUUUUAGUUGCUGGUUGCAUCAACCUGAGCAGCCUUUUAUCUUGACUGAACACACUUGAAUUUGUUCCUGGGUACACACUUUGUUCUGGAUAGGGCUAGCUUUCUGCUAAGGUCUGAAGAGUGUUCAAAAUCAACUACAGCUUGGGUACUCCUACCUAGAACCACCCACCAUCCCACAAAGUGAUGAUAUGCCAUAGGGAUACUAGCCAUACCUCCAGUUUCUCUUUCUGAAAAGAACUUAUAAAAGUAAUCCUGGCAUAGCUAACACUACUUAUUGUAUAUUUAAAAUGUGCUGAGAGGGGAGCUCUUAUGUUAAAUAUUCUUACCACAUAUAUAUAAUAAAGGAGUAGGGAGGCAGUGGGUAUGUUUAUGGUCUUGAUGGUGGUGAUGAGUAUAUGCUUAAUCCCAAACUCACUGACUUGUAUACUAUUAAAUAACUAUAGCUUUUUACAUGUCAAUUAUAAUUCAAUACAAGUGGUUUUGAAAAAAAUAGCCCCAGGUCUGGGACAAAGUACAUUCCCUCCUUACCCCAAAUGAUUAUUGAAUUAAUAAGCAGAAUCCAAAAUGGCGAAGGUUUUUAGUUUGUUUUGUUUUUUUAAAAAGCUCAGAUACCAAGGAUAAAUGAGACAAAUUAAAGUGAUGGAAUCAUAACUUAGAUUUUUAAAAAAAAUUUUAAAUUUAUUUUUAGCUGGGCAACAGCUCAGUGGUAGCCUCAGCUUGGGCUGGGAAUCGAACCCACGACCCUGUUGCUCAGAGCUCACACUCUUGAGCAAGCUCUUAACCAACUGAGCCACUUGGCUGGCCCCCAAAUUUGGUUUUGGCUAAGAAUCUCCCAGUGAUCUUCAUGCUGCUGCUCACUUAUAAAAGUCUGUUUUUAUUUUUCCUAUUCCCUUCCCGUAUCUGCAAUGCUCACUUUCCUGUUAAAGUAGCUUAAUUUACAAGCUUGGUCUUAAACUAUUAUAAGAGAACCCUGAACCUACCCCUGGGAUUGAAGUUCUCAAACCACCACCAUCAGGGCAACUACCUUUAUCCCCAAAUAAAGUUAUCCACUCCUGCGCCUUA